AUGUUUGAGCGCGACAGGUCAAAGUCCGCAUGGCGACCCUCCUCCUACUUCUCACAAUCCCUCGAGGAUCGCCUCGAACCCUUUCUCGGUCAGCGCAUUUCCCGCAAAGCACGUCUACUCUUCUUCGACCUGACCCUCUUUCUUGGCCUUUUCAUCGUGCUUCAUGCUGCAUUGUGGGGAGGUGAUAUUGAGAUGAAGCUGCCGGAUUCUUUCAAAGACGUCGUAGCAGCGCCGAAGCAGCCGCAGGCGGGUAGUCAGGCUUGGCAGACCCGUUUCACCACACAACAGCUCACUGCGUUCGAGCCACAAGGCGAAUGGGACCCUUCUUCCAUCCAACGACUUUGUCGAUCAACACAACAGAUCCCUGGCCUAUACUUUGGCUGUGUCACCGAGGACACCCAGUACUGGGAGUCUCGCAACAUGAUCCUCCUCUGUCUACGGUAUGCACUUCAGAUGGGCGGUAGUGUGGUGAUGCCGCGUAUUCGAUACCAGUCAGAGCUCGGCCCUCUCUCAAGCUACUUCGAUUUGACUGUCUUUCGAAAGCGAAUCAGCCAAGCGUGCCCACAGAUGCAAUUUGUUGAAACGAAGCAGCAGAUUCCAAACUAUGAUGCAUUGACGACGACUCCGGGUCGUCUCGAUCCCUACGACUUACCAGGGCUCCGCAAUGUUCCUGGUAUACAAGAACAUGCCAUGGGUAAUUUGUACAGCUUUCAAGCGGCCAUUCGUGAUUAUAUGCAAAGCAAGGUUGAUCGACAACCAACAGAAACAAUGCCCGUCUUUAUCAAUCUAUUCACCGUUCAUUGGGGUUGGCCCGCGUUAUACGAUACAGUUGACUUCUGGUCCAAUUGGGGUCGCUUGCUCAUUCCAGCACGAGAUUACCGGUCCCUUGCAGCACAUGUAUAUGACAGUAUGAAACACUCGACGCCACACUUGACGACACUCCCAGGAGAGAAUACGACGUCACCGAGUUACCUCUCACUUGUACUGGUCCAUGAUGAAACGGCAGUUCAGCAAAUGAGAGGGAUUCUCAGCCAGCCAGAAGUCAAAGCACUCGAUACCAGAGCCAUUUACCUGGCAACGCGCGAUCAUGAUGGCGAAGUUGUCAGAGCUGAAAUGACAGAAGCCAUCAAACUCGCCCAAGAGCAAGGGUAUCAUGUCGAGACGCGCAUCUCACUCAUGCAUUCACCGGAUCAAUCACCCGCGAUAGAGCAUGUCACCGAGUCCGGUGUCAGAGUCACAAGUACGGGUCGAGCCACGAGUAACCCAAGAGACAGAGAAGCCUUUGCAGCCAUCAAGAAAUUGCGGUUUGAUCGAGGUGAGAUUAUUGAUUGGAUCAUGCAUCUACGCUCAACCUUAUUUGUGUCUGUUUUGGUGGCCGACUCGACACAUGCGUAUGCACGCAGUGUUGCAGUCUCAAGACAUGCGUGGGCUUGUCCUGAUAUAGUUGGCGCAUUGACACCGACUGCCAAGGUCGAGUUGGCGCGGUUCUUGAUAUUGUCCAACAUUACACUUGCGCAAUACAUCACAGCACAAGCAUCAGGCAAGGUUGUCGUUGGCGAGAACCCAAUCUCCAUUGAGGCUGAAGUCAGUGCUGAGCAACAAAAGGAAGCAAGCUGGCGUGCCAAGUAUGAAAUGGAUCCGUACUUUCGAAGCAGCCAGGACCGAGAUGGAAGGUCGGUCCUCCUCAGAGAUGAUCGAAAUGAAUACUUGUACAGUCAGAUGUGGCCAUAA